UAAGACGAGCUUCUCAUUUAAUGUCACAUUAUUGUUUUCAGUUGGUUUCAUAACUGAAUUUAUUUAGAUUGCUUUUCAACACCUGUACGAACAUAGAAUUUACUUAGCACGGCCAAGUUGGUUAAGUGUCUGUGUGUAGAGUAUUUUGCGGAAAUUGCAGAGAUCAAGUAAUCGUUCAAUCGAAGGGCAAGAUUCAAACAGCUGAUUGUUCCAUAUUUCAGUUUGUUCCGGUACUCAAGUUAAUGCUACUGCACAUAAAGAGAUUAAUGCUUUAUUUAUAGGACUUAUUUGUUAAAUGAGGGCUAUCGUGUCUUCGAGGAUCCAAUGUCGAACUCAGACCGCAUAAAAUCAAUGAUAACCGAUAAUGAACGUGGUUAUGGUUCGAAGGUCUUGGCUUCGAUUGGCCCUUGCGUCUAUUACAAGUAAAUGUUGACGAAGAUUAAGUGAAUAAGUGGCGCAGAAUGUGUCUACUUUAGUAAUUACAACGAAACAAGAGGAAACUUUCGUGCCGCAAAGAUGCAUUCUGUGGACGUGAAGCUACGUUUAGAGGAACGAAACAUGGCCGAAUUGCGUGGUCUACUACACCGUUCCACCGAUCUUACGAAUAAUAUAUGUGGAAUACUCAACUCGUUCGAUGACCGAUUGGAACGGUUAGAGAAGACCAUAACGCCGGUGCACAAGCAAACUGGUUCAUUGCAGAAGCGCCAGGAAAACAUCAAUCUCGUACUGAAGAAGCUCGACGCUGUCAUACCAAUGUAUAAUGUCGCUGAAAGACUUCGCGGCAUAGUGGCGCGAGGACCUGCGCAGCAGAACAACAUCAAAGACUAUAUGGAAACCAUAGAGGAAUUACGUCGCGCGCUAGAAUUUUUUGAGAAAAGCUCACCCUUAAAUGCCGAGGUUCCAGCACUCAAAAACCUCAUUCAGCAAGGACAGAGUCUGCUGCUUCAGCACUUUGAAGAUCAGCUAAAUUCGCAUUCAAGACCACUGACAGCCUCAGCCAUUCUCGAAAUGAUCGAAAUCGACGAGGAAUUGCGAAGCAUCGACUCAACUCGAAGUCUGGAUCAAAUCCCUAAAGAGGUUCAAGACGAGCUUCGAGAGAUGGCCUCUUACCUUUCGCGAUGUGGACUUGAAACUCGCGUGAUGGAAAAAUAUGGCACGGUCCGAAGUCGCGUGCUUCUUCAAUGUAUGGCAAACCUUCGAGAAUUUCAGAAAACAGCUAGUGGAAGCAACUGCAGUAAUUCCCAUCUUGCGAUAAUCGGUGUGUCCUUAAGCCCGCUCCCGCAUCGUCGCAGUGGAACUCUUGUCAAAGAGGGCGGCGGGGGUCGGAGUAAGGGCCGGAGGACGCUCGAUGCACUUCUGAAGAAUGCCGGGUUCAAGAGGCCCUCGGCCGAUGCACAGACAGCUUCCCGCUACAUUUUUUCGAGGGAAAAUCGUGAGGAUGUCGAGGUCGAGGGCUUCCUGACUUCCGUAAGCGCUCUACUGAAACUUAUGCAGUCUGAAGCAGCACUCCUAAAAGCGGUUCUACCUGAAAGACGACCUGCUAUUCUCAAUCAAAAUGAGGCUGCGAAUUUAACCUCAGCCGAUAAAGCGGUUUUCGAACACGUCGUGCAAGCAGCUGUUGCAGCCGUUAUGAUGGAAGGGGAAAAUUUGGAUAAAGUGGUAAAAGAAAGCGCGACUCGACAUGAAUUUCAAAUAGUUUUGAGUCUUUUUCCAGCUCUGCAACAUCUUACACAGAUCCGGCCAGAGUAUGAACAACUUAUGGAAGGUUGUACGCAGAAAGAUCAGCUGUGCAAGGCGUCUGUACGGAUGCAGGCAACACUAAACAAGAGUUUGAACGAGUUCGUUGAAUCAGUGAAAAACGAUCUCGUCGUAAAGAUGCCACCCGAUGGAACUGUCCACGAGCUUACCUCGAAUGUCAUGAUGAUGCUUGAAAGAUUACUCUCAUUCGUCGAUAUGUUUUGCUGGAAUCCCCUAUCUUUCGUGCCCAGUGCCGCGGAUAUCUCUCCAAUACGGAACAGUGCUGUCGUAAAGUCUAAACGCAUAAAGUCAGGUCGCAAGACAUUGCCGACAGUGAACAAACAAUCGAAGGUGCUAUCACCAGAGAAAGCUGACUUUAUCUUCGCACGGGUGGGCAAUGUCCUUGUCGUGCCGGAUUUAACCAAAUUAUCAAAGGCAGAGGACCGUAAUCGAUGUACUUUGUCGCAAUAUGUCCAUAUGGUUUUGUCUGCUCUCAGCCUUAACAUUAAUAACAAGGCCGAAAACUAUACCGACGAAUACCUUCAGGCCAUCUUUCGACUCAACAAUUUGCAUUAUGUAUAUCAGUCACUGCAGCGAAGUGGUUUACUAGAGGUAGUUCAGGAAUUCUAUCCAUCAAUGGGCGAUCACUACCUUGAAAACCUUCGUGAAGAGAAGAGGAAGUAUUCACAAAGCUGGAGCCAUGUUUUGCACUAUAUCGUUGACUUGGACCGAAGUCUUACAGUGGCCUCUCCUCGCAGUCCGACCGAUUCACAAAAAAUGAAAGAAAAAGAUCGCCAGAUUAUUAAGGAGAAAUUUGCCGGCUUUAACAAAGCUAUGGAUGAGAUACUCAGAACUCAAAAACAGUACGCGGUUCAUGACGCUGAACUGCGAGAGACGAUCAAAAGGGACAAUGCAGAGUUCAUCGUACCCAAAUACAGACUUUUCUACAACACCUAUAGUGAUGUACCGUUCACCAAAAAUAGAGAUAAGUACAUCAAGUACACGCCAAUAGACAUCUCUGAUAUGAUCAACAUGUUCUUUGACACUUCGGCAUAAAAGAUUUUGUUUUAAAGUCUUUCAUGGCCAGCCGAACAGAUUCUUUUAGAUGACGGGGUCCUGAAACAAAGACAAAAGUAGGCCACAAGGGAGCGUCAGUGUGUGGUGUUCUUAGUCAAGUAUAUUUGUGUAUACAUAUAAUGUAUUCCGGUAAUUAUUUUGUGAUGCUCUAAUUUAGAUCUGCAGUUUUAUAUUUUCAUCUUUAUUUAAUAAAGUAAAUUUAUUUUCAUGCGACAUAAUGAGCAUGGGUGUUCAGUAUACAAUAUGUAAUCGAACAUUUCUAUUUAUCA